AUAACAAUGUCUUAAUAAUAGCAGAAUUUAUCAAGUUUUUUGGAACAUAAUUUGGAUCCAAUAACAAGUAGAUAUAUAAUGGGAAAGUAUUUAAUGAUGGAUGGAGGUGAAUAAUCAUUAGAUUUAAGACAUAUGUGUGAUAAUGUAAAAUUGGAAAUGUAAUUGAUUGAAAAAGAGGCUGCAUAUGAUUAUUUAAAAGUAAAUAUAUGGGGAAUAAGAUAAGGUUGAAAAAGAGAUGUAUGAAUUGGAUAGUGAGAUUGAAAAAAGUGAUGGAAUUUUAGGAGAGUUAGAAAAUGUAUUGCUUAAUUUUAAGGAUUAUUUGAAUGAUAUAAAAUCUGAGAUGACUUAAUUAUAAGAGAGAAGUGUUAAAAUGAAUACUUCAUUAACAAAUAGAAAAGCAUUGUCAUAAAUUUUAUCUAGUUUUGUAGAUUAAGCAGUACUUGAUCCAUCUUUAAUUGAUAAUAUAUGUAGUAAAGAGAUAAAUGAAUAGUAUGUAGAAUAUAUAAGAAUUUUAUGUUCAAAAUUAGAGUAUUUAAAAAAUACUGAAUUAACAGAUGCAAAUGCUGUAAAGAAUUUAGGACCAGAAUUGAUAAAAUUAAAAAAUACAGCAUGUAAAAGAGUAAGAGAAUUUAUGAUAGAAAAAUUGAAUCAAUUAAAGAAACCAAAAAUAAAUAUUCAAUAAUAUUAAGUGUAGGAAUUAAUUAAGUAUAAGAUAUUUACAGAAUUUAUGAAAGAUCAUUAUUUAGAUAUAUAUGUAGAAUUAUGUAAUCUUUAUACAGAUGCGAUGAGUAAAUUAUAUUUGAGUAAUAUGAAAAUAUAUGUUGGAGAGAUACAUAAAUUAACAAUAGAUGUUUAUUUAAGGAAUGAUCUUAUAGUACCUGAUAGUCAAUAAAAUUAUAGACCUUAAUUAAAUUUAAGAAAUGUUGUUGGAUUGACUAUUGAAAAUAGAUCUAUAUUUUAAUUAAUGAAUAGAGAAUAAAUACUUUAAUUUAUGGAUGAAGAACCUUUGUUACAUACUUAAUUAAAUUAAAAAAAUUAGAAAAUUCUAAUUGAAUAAUAUUUUAAGACAAUUAAUAAAGUAUUAAUUGAUACUGUAUUGCAUGAAGAUAGAUUUAGUUAAGACUUUUUUAGUUUGAAAGCUGAUUAAAAUAGAUUAAUUUUUAGUGGUGUUUUUAAGAAUACUAUUUAAUUUUUAUUAGAUCAUUUAAAAUAGACAGUUAGUAUAUUUGAUAUUUAUGCCUUUUUAUUAAUCAUAUUAUUGAAUGAAAGAUUUUAAAAACAUAUGCAUUCUAAAAAUUCACAUGUUUUAGAUUUUUAUUUUGAAUAAGUAAAUAUGAUUUUAUGGCCAAAAUUUGAAUAAGUGUUUGAUACACAUAUUUAAAGUAUUUAGAGUACAAAUGUAAGAUUGUAUAGGUCUUUAGAAAAAUAUUAUGGAUUUAGAAGUUUUGUAAUGAGAUAUAUAGAUUUAACAUUGUCAUUAUAUAAAUUAUAUGCAUAUUUUGAAGAUAAUAAAAUGAUAGUGAGUAGAAUAAAUUAAUUAAGAUUAAGAUAUUUUGAUUUAAUAAAAAGAAGUGGAGCAGAAUUUGAGAUUGAAGUAGAUAGAAUAACAUAUACAUUAUCAGUUUAUGAAAUGAUAGUUUCUGCAUAUAAUACAACAUAAAUGAGCACAUUAAAAAAAGAAUUUUAAGAAGAAACAUUGUUUUUAGAAAAAGAAACAAAUAAAUUUAGUGAGAAAUUAAUAGAAAUAUAUUUAAAAGAAUUAUUUGGAAAUCUUGUUGAUUUUAUAUAGAAAUAUGCAAAAGAUGAAACAGAAUUAGAAUCUAAUUAAUUAUCAGAGGUUAGAGUUGUAGAAAAGGUUUAGAAUAUUAAUUAAGUAGACAAUAAAAAAUUAAUAGAAAAUAUUAGUUAGGUAAAAAUAUAUAAAUAUAAAUAGGAUGUUAAUUUAUCAUGGAAUAAGAGAGUUGAUGUUUUUAGAUUGGAAUGUGAGAAACAUUUUUAGGGAACUAAUUUAUUAAAAAGUUUAUUAAAGAAAUUUUUAUAGACAUUUAUGGCUUAUUAUAAUGCAUUUUAUAAAUAUGCAAAAACUAACCAUCCAAUUUAUAUAGCAAAUUUGACUUAAGUAACUACAAUAAUGAAAGAGAUAAAAGCAAUAUAAACAAAAUAUAAUAUGUGA